AUGUACUGGGCGGAGACAUUUACAUCUUAUCAAGUGAUCAUUUACAUGUAUAUCGGAUAUAACGUCUGGGAUAUACCUCCUGACCAUCCCGUUAUUCUCGGUAGCAAAUAUGCCUACGCGACUGAGCUCAUCUACAAUCCUAUUUUGGCCCUCGUCAAGGCCUCCAUCCUACUCUUCCUGCUACGUCUAACAGGCCAGAAAAAGUUAGUACGCCUAGCCAUCUGGGGACUCUUAACUUUUAAUGGCGUCGCCGCUGUUAUUACAUUUUUUACCACAGUUUUUCGAUGCGUGCCUGUAGCCGCUAAUUGGGAUUUGGUUUCAUAUCCCAAUGCGAAGUGUCUUGACUUUGCAAACUUUGUUACCGGCACGGGUGCAGUCUCAGUUCUCACGGAUUUCCUUGCUUUAACACUGCCCACCUGGAUUGUAUAUCGCCUACAGAUGCAGUGGAUUCAAAAGUUGAUGUUGAUUGGCAUCCUGUCUUUGGGUCUUUUAACCGUGGUGGCAGGCAUUAUUCGCCUCAUCCUCCUUGACAAUUUUGACCGUCAUAUGCCGAAGAAUUCCACGCACUCAGUCCUCUUCUGCGUGUCCACCAUCGAAGUUGGCCUAUCGUUUAUCGCUGCGUGCGCUCCCUCUUUCAAGCCGCUCGUUACCCGGAUCUUGCCGAGGCUCUUCGGCUCGACCCGCACCGGCCCGACCACAGGCUCCGCUAGUCGGAGCGGUCGGAUCCGGUUGGGCUAUGACCUGGAGGAAAUGUCGAACUUCUCGCGUCGCACGCAUGAUCAGACCAUCACUACCGUUGCAGCUGGAGAUGACAGGAUUGGCCACAGUCCCACGAAAUCGGAAGCCAAUAAUAUUAUCACCAUGACCACGCAAAUGGAGGUUACUUGGGGUCGGCCUAAUAGCAGGCGGGAAACUAGCAGUACGGAGAGUCUAGUCAACGGGAAAGGAGGUAGCAGGCUGUCUAAAUAA